AUGGAAGAAGACCAGGUCAUGACAGACGCCAGCGCAUUCGACGCCUUCAACUCCAAAUCAUCAAAGGGCAAGGUCGUCGAACAUAACAAUGCCACCGAUGACACUUUGCCUUGGGUGGAGAAGUACAGACCGGUGACUUUGGAUGAUCUCGUCUCUCACGAGGAUAUCACAUCGACCAUCGAGAGGUUCAUUGACGAGAACAGGCUGCCACACAUGCUGCUGUACGGACCCCCAGGAACAGGAAAGACCUCGACCAUCUUGGCUUGUGCCCGUAAACUCUACGGGCCCAUGUGGAAAAGCAUGACCAUGGAGCUCAAUGCUUCGGAUGACCGUGGUAUUGAUGUGGUGCGAGAGCAGAUCAAGAACUUUGCCAGUACGAAAAAGAUCUUCAGUUCGGGAUUCAAGCUGAUUAUCCUGGACGAGGCCGACAUGAUGACACAGACCGCCCAGAACGCCUUGCGUCGAGUUGUGGAAAAGUACACUAAGAAUGUGCGAUUCUGUAUUAUUUGCAACUAUGUAAGCAAGAUUAUUCCUGCGCUGCAGUCAAGGUGUACGCGUUUCAGAUUUGGACCUUUGGAGCUGAGCCAGGUCGACUCGAGACUCGACCACAUCAUCCAGAACGAAAGUGUGAAGAUCACGGAUGAGGGUCGCAAGGCGUUGUUGCAAUUGUCAAAGGGAGAUAUGAGGCGCGCACUCAACAUCUUGCAGGCAUGUCACGCAGGAUACGAAGUCGUGGACGAGGAUGCAGUCUACAACUGUACAGGAAACCCACACCCUGCCGACAUUGAGACGAUUGUCAACAGCAUGCUCACCGAGGAUUUUACGACUGCGUACUCCAACAUUUCGUACCUGAAGACGAUCAAGGGAAUGGCAUUGCAGGAUAUCUUGACAGAGGUCUACAACUAUCUAGAGCUAAUCGAUAUGCCCAGCAAUGCGCGCGUGUAUGUCCUGGACAAGAUAGCGGAUGUCGAGUACAAGCUGUCAACGGGAGCUAACGAGAAAUUGCAGCUUACGUCUCUUAUUGGAUCCUUUCGCAUUGCCGCCGAGCUCAUGCAGAAGAUCAAGGACAGGAUUCUGCCUCGGUCGAUCGUCUCGAUUGAUAUCGGGAUCCGUAACCUGGCCUGGGUCGAGCUUUCCAAGGACGGCGAGAUCUUGCGGUGGGCUGUUGAGGAUCUCCUUGUGCCUUCGCCCUCUUCCUCCUGCGGUGAACCACAGACCGCCUUGCAAGUGAAGGAGGAGGAGGAGGAUAGUACAGAGGGUGUAGAGUCAUCGUCCCUCAAGAAGCCACGGAGGCGAGUUGGGGUUGCUGGUAGCAAUACAAAGCAAAAGAAGCAGCGCGUCAAGAAGCCACCAGCGCCUGCGUAUGAUCCUCGAGCGGUCGCGUUGAGGGUCGAUAAAGUCAUGCGGACGAUCCUGCAGGAGAGCGAGUCUGUGCAGGGGAUUAUUCUGGAGCGACAGCGGUUUCGGUCUGGAGGGAUGCAUACGAUGUUGGAUUCGACUUUUAAGUGUGGGGUUGUUGAGGGGAUGAUUCAUACCUGGUUCGCGUUCUGGCAGCACGAGCAGGAGCGUGGACGGGUGGUGGGAGGUGAGGAGGAGGAGGAGCAGAAGGAUAAAGAGGACGCGUGUGUGUUUAUAGAGUCGGUGCCUCCAAGAGCUGUGGCGGUUCGGUGGGGUAUUGGGGCGUCAGGCGCCAAGGCUUCUGCCUCCGAUCGGAAGAAGAAGCAGGCACUCUUCUUAGAUGGCACUGCGCCAGAUAUAAAGGAGAACGAUACCAUGUCCGAUGUGAUGGGAAAAGAAGAAAGCAAGUCUGUCCGGAUCGAUAGUAUACCUUCUACACAGCUCCCCAAGAACCUGACCUACCGCCACAAGAAGGUUCAAUCGAGAGCCAUUGUCGACAACUGGAUCUAUUCUAACCCUGGCGAAAAGGAACACGUGGACACCAUCGCUACCGGUAUGACGACAGAGUCGUCGCUGCCGGCAAAGUUCCGGGUGCGGUGCAGUCCGGAGAUGAGGGAAUGGUAUAGUCAGGAGCAGAAGCGGGAUGAUCUGAGCGAUUGUCUGUUGCAGGCUGUGGCCUGGUUUGAGUGGAAGGGGCGUGCUGUCCAGGAAGCUGUCGAGCGGUCAAUGCCGCGACCCUCAGGAGCAGCAGCAGCAGCAGCAGCAGGAGGCAUUGACUAUUCUGCAGAGAAGCAACAGCCUAAACAACGAAAGAGGCGAAGCCCAUGCAAAGCUGGAUCACCUUCCUGUGAAUAA